AUGUCAGCGAACCCUUAUCGUCUUUAUGCGGAUAAUGAAGAUACGGAGAGCGUUAACUAUGAAACGGAGGAAGCGCAGAUGUGGAAGGACCCUCCAAGGUCGACAAAUCGAAGGAGUCAGCCGAAUAAUGAAAAUAACAACAACAAUACAGGCCCGCGACCAGACGUAUUGACUAUGGGAGCUCCGAGGAGAGUACCCGACGAAAUCUGGCUGAUUCCUGCCAGCGUAAAACCGGAAAAAGUCAUAGGAACCAGAAGGGAGAAUUUGAACAGAAUCGCGAAAAGCACAAACACAUCGUUGGAAUACAAUCAAGAGCGUUCACAAAUAGAAAUAUGGGGUGUACGUCGAGACGUCGAUCAAGUCCUCAGGCAAUUGAAUCAAAUUGCAAACCUUUUUGCGACAGGGACCAGGUCCCCAAGGGCUGCAAAAUGGAAUAAACCGGAAAGGGAAUUAACAGAGAAAGAAAAGAGGAAGCAAGAACGCCGGAGGGAACGCGAAAUGUUGCACAAGAACUACGUGGGGCCUCCCAAGGAAGAGAAAACCUUUCGCGGAUAUUUUUUAUUACCAAAUGAUGACAUUACACAUUCCGCAGUUUACACGGAUACUCUGCUGAAUCAACUGCGUGCCGAUACGAGAUGCUUUAUAGUUUUUAUCUCCAAUAGUAAUCUUAUGGAAAUUUCAGGUGAUUCUUAUGGAAGUGUGGAGGAAGCCACGAGACGUGUUAAACAAAUAUACUUGAAACACCUUGCUUGGAGGCGAAUCCCGAAAAACAAUCGAACAGACAACCCGAGAGAGUUGGGAACCUGUUCGGGAUGGGUUCAACACUUGAUCGAGGAGCCCACUAGGCCCUGUAAAGUAAAAUUUGCUAACGUUCCCAAAGGCUUUGAGAUUCCAUACAAUUUCUACAUUCAACGUGCGAAAGACGGUUCUUCCAAAGAUAACCCUCCUCCUCCCAAAGCACUCGAGGCUGUAUUCGAAGGGGGUGAUAUUACGGUCGUCGGUAAGGAUGGUAUGCAGGAAAAGAGCGACCCACGCCCAAGUGAUAUUGUCGCUAUGAAGAAGAUAAAUGAGGCCAAUAUAAAGAAGUUUGGAGACACUUUGCAUAAAAGUCUUGGAGCUGUUCAUUUGUUCCAAGAGAAAAUUAAGAUGAGAGUCAGAUUUGGUCACCUCAUUAUUACCGACUACCCGAAAGAACCGUUGUGGCCUAUCGAUAAAUUCAAUGAUAGAGUCCUGCGUGACUCGCGAUUAUGUUCAGUACUUUCUAAUUGUAUUGCAAAAGAUCGGUCCAAACUUGAAAGACUUUUUGAAAAGCUGUCUGAGAAAGAUGCGGAAACUGGUAGGGAUAACCAGUGGGACAACUCUCCGUUUACAGAAUACAAAAUUGUCACACAAAGUCGAAAUAGUCAAUCAAAAACUGGAGCGCCUGCUACAUACGUCUUUGAAGUAAAUUUCAAACCAGAGGCUAAGGAGGCCAAAAUCGGAUUAUGGCACGCCAUGAUUGAUGAUAAGAACAUAAUGGAAUUAAAUAUGAUAUGUCCAGAAAACGAUUAUUCCUGGAAACUACAGUUAAAGUGCUCUAAACGUUUGCCAAAUUCAAUUAACAGUUCACAGGGAUCUUUUGUUUAUAAACUUCAUCUGAGUCCGAUGAAACACUUGAUUUAUGCGAAUACCAACGAAUACGUGGUACAAUCCGUAUGUGAGAAAACAAAAUGGAAAUUCUGGUGGGAGAGAGAGUAUGUUGUUGAAGUAACCAGAUACGACUUCUGGGAUUGUAAAAAGAUGACAGACUAUGCACCUGGCAUAGAGAUCGUACUUAGCAGCGAAGACAAAGUUACUACAUAUGGUGUAACGCUUUACAGACAACAGUGGGAUGAUGAUUUUGCGUACAACUGGUCUCUCGAAGCCGGUGAGGCGCCCAAGUGGCAUCCAGACGACUAUAUAUUUGACGAUAACGGAGUAAAUGGGCUAUUGAAUGACAUAAGAAAAUUUUUGGCAUUAUUGGAAUCAACAGUUUCUCCAUAA